AAACGAGAUCGACUGGUUUCAAAUAUCACAUCCACAGAGACACCAUCAAAUGCUACCUAGGCAUCAAGAUACAUCAUGCCGGAAGUAGCUUUUCUAUCAGCUGCCGCAGCGCUGGUUGCGGCCCUCGUUUACAUCGUUAAAGUCCUGAUUAUAGAACCAUUGAUCACCAGCCCAUUGAGCGAUAUCCCUGGACCAAAGUCUUUUGCCCUCACCAGCUGGCGACUGGCUUGGGAAGACUGGAAUGCAACACGUACGCGAACCAUCCAUCGAUUGCACUCCGAAUAUGGUCUGGUAGUGCGCAUCGGGCCAAACGAGGUGUCUUUCAACAGCCUGAGUGCAUUGCGAACCAUCUACGGGCCCGGCAGUCGAUUUGGCAGGACAAGAUUUUACCGCAUGUUUGAUGUGUACGGCGAGCAGAACCUGUUCACAUUCCAUUCGACGAAGGAACAUGGCAACAGGAAGAAACUACUUUCCCAUGCCUAUUCAAAGUCGGUUGUGCUGAAGGAGCCAACGACACGCCUCGUGGAGGAGAAGGCCCGACAGUAUCUUGACCUGAUCAGCACUGAGCCACAGGGCAUCAGCGAUGUCUUCCUCUCGAUGCACUACUACUCCCUCGACAACAUCACCGCUUUUGUCUACGGACAACACGGGUCAACGCGUGCCCUGCAGGGGUCGAAGAAUGAUCAAGCCUUGAUUGACGAUAUCUUGCACCCAUCUCGCCGCCGGCUAUCGUGGUUCUUGGUGCACUUUCCAUCAUACACAAAGUGGCUGUACUCGUGCAAACCCUUCAUGGACCGGAUUGUAAAGCCGAUCCUGCCCAUGCAACAGCCGACUACUUAUACCAGCAUACGGAGAUUCGCGUUGCAAGCUUUUCAGAACCUCAAAUCAGCGCAGGAGGACUUGAAGGUUUCGGAGGAGUCGAGCCAUGCGGAAGACUCAUCCAUAGUUGGCCAGCUAUGGUGCCAUCACGAGUCGCAACGGCCCGACGGUAUGAAUGACAUGCAAUUGGCUUCGGAAUGCGCAGACCACUUCCUUGCGGGAAUCGAUACAACGAGCGAUACCCUCAUGUUUCUGGUUUGGGCGCUCUCUCUUCCCGAGAACGAAAGGUUCCAGGCUAAGUUUAGAGACGAGGUUAUGGACCUGACAGGAGAUUCUCUUAAUGAGCAUGGACAUCCACGCGUGGACGCCUCAGAUCGAUGCACAUAUCUCAAUGCGGUCAUCAAAGAAACAUUGAGACUUUACGCGCCCCUGCCGAGUACCGAACCGAGAUCCAUGGAUGCCCAGUCAAUAGUCGACGGCUUCCAGAUUCCACCCAACACUGUUGUCGGGAUGUCGCCUUAUAUCAUUCACCGUGAUCCGAAGGUGUUCAAAGACCCCAGGACGUUCAACCCGGAGAGAUGGCUAGGGCCGGAAGCGGUUGAAUUAAACCGUCAUUUUUGGGCGUUCUCGAGUGGUGGAAGAAUGUGUAUCGGCAUGCACUUGGCCAUGGCGGAAAUGACCACCGUCACUGCCGCUCUCUAUCGAAAGUACAGGACGUCCAUCGCGCCAGGAUUCGAAGGUGUAGCUCCAGGCAUCACUGCACGUGUUGAGGUCUUUUCAGAUGACCGAUUCGCAAAGACUAAGGAACACACUUGUCUCGUUCAAUUUCAUGAAUUGAGUAAGUGAGAAAGGUGUUGCACUCUGGAGUGAUGCUUUCCAACUCGGCAGCGCAUGCAGUGAAUAGAGACAGUCCUUUCUUGGCCAACCCAUCCACGCGGCCUGUGAACGCGUGAACAGGGCUGGGAACAGUAUUGCUCUGUUCUAGAGUCAAGGUGAUCUUGCUAUAUGUCAAUUAUCAGUUGCAAUGAUUGUUGCGUAUCGCUGCCCUGUCUAUGAAAUUGAUAUCAUACCAAGCCUUC